AAUGGCGCCGUCCUGUGGUGUGUAUUUGUGGACAAGGACAAGCCUCGCUGUCAGUGUCAGUUCUGUUAUUUCAUGUAGGAGUCAAACAUGGCGAGGUUUUUGAGGCCUAACAUCAGGAGUUUUAUUAGCUCACAGCUGAGAAUGUCAUCGGACCAGCUGGGUGAGCUGGGGAAAGGUGCAGGAAAAGGUGGUGGAGGUGGAGGGUCCAUCAGAGAAGCAGGAGGAGCCAUGGGGAAAAAGCAGGCUGCUGAGGAGGAGAUGUACUUCAAGCGUAAGGAGCAGGAGCAGCUGGCUGCGUUGAAGCAGCACCACCAGGAGGAAAUUGAGCACCACAAAAAGGAGAUUGAACGUCUUCAGCGUGAGAUUGACCGCCACAAGGGAAAGAUCAGAAAGCUGAAACACGACGACUAAGUGAAACCUUCCUAAAAAAAGAAAAGUUCCUGUUUUCUCAACCAGUCAGACACCUUUAAUAAUUACUUGGGAUUGUCGCAUGCUCUGUCACUGGGCCAGUGAAUGUGUGGGUGAUUGUUCUGUAAAUGCUUGAAAGUUAUUAAAGCCAUUCAU